AGGCCCGGGCGAACGAGUUGGCUCACCAGGCUUGCUACAAGCUGGUGAAGGACAUGCACUACGAGGCGCGUGUCCAGGCCGUCGUUGUGUACUGCGCCGAGUUCGAGAAGAGGAGUGUCAAGAAACCAGCCGCAAGGGACAUCUUCCUCACGCGAGACCAGUACUUAAGGGUGCCUCCGAACUAGUGCGCAAACAAGGCCGAGUGCUGGUCUAUGAUGGUGGACAAGUGGAUCAGUGAGGAUUGGGCCCGCCAGCACGCCUUAUGCCGGGAGCGCCGCAUGAUGAUGCCGGGUCCGGCACAUCAUCAAGGGAGCCUUAGCCUCGGCGAGUACAAGAAUACUUGGUCGGAGUCUCAUCCAGGCCAGUCUUGCAACAACUUCACGGCGUACGCCAUGUCUCACAUGGGCAGGGCGACGUCGGACGUGGCCUACAACCCGGCGGCUCCACCAGAGGCCUACACAAACCCAAGCAUCCACGCGCGCAUCAAUGCGUACACGGAGGUGGGAAGGGCGCUCCACGGGGAGACUUGGGAUCCGACCACCGCGCCACUCUCCGGAGAAGCCAUCAUGAGGGCGGGACAAGGGAAGAAGCACGGGCGGUACUUGAUCGCCAACAGCUUGGUCGACACGGCGAGUACGCCCAGUCUCUCGCAGCUUAGGGCAAGUACCACCGACUCGACCCCGCCCAUUCGCCCACGGCCUGAGACUUCAGUGGCCAGCGUGCACCAGAGACAGGCCGAGAUGGAGGCAAAGUUUGAGGAGGAGAGGAGGUGCCGACUGGAGAUCGAGGCCAAGCUGGAGCAGGAGCGGAAGCUGAGGGAGGAGCAGUCGGUUAUGUUGCAAAGCAUGGUCACCUGGAUGCAAGGACUUGGCGCGUCGAUGAACUAUGCGACGCCGCCUCCUCCCUUUCGUCUUACCAGCUCAGCCUUACUUUCCUGCAGGACCUUCUGACACUCCAGUGAGUAU